AUGGAAAUGCAAAUUUUGGAAGCCGUGAACAAUUACAUGAAAGUGGAACCUAUUGAGGAGGCUUUUGCGAGUGUAAUCGUUUACAAAGCCGAUUGUGAACAAGAAAAGUCUUUCAAGUUUGCUAAUGAUAUAGUUAGCGCGUUUUCUAAUGUUAGCCAGGAGAAUAAAGAGCAUAUAAUACGUCAAUACUUGCAAAAGGCUGCUUCAGCACACAAUAUCAAUCAUUUACAAGUAUUAAUGUCCACCUUGGCGAAACUGACAGAAGCUCAUUUAAUAACAGCGAAGAUGUUGUGUGACAAGAUUUUACUUUGCGAUAAAUUGACUAAUGAAAAUAAAAAUUUUUGGAUCGAAAGUUUCAAAUUAAUUAAAAAGGUGAUUAGUCAUGUGGACUAUAAAGGAGUACGUGAGAUACUGAAAGUCUGUCGUGAUAAAGCUCAGUCCUUUGGUUUGAAUAUCAAUGUUUCCUAUUUACCCCAACUAUUGGUUUUGGAAGAUAUAAUUAAACAUAUAUUUGACCGCAACAAUUGUCUAUUGCCGGCUUAUUUUAUAGCUAACGAGAUUUUAAAACCAUUUCCGUAUCACUGGAAAUUUAAUAAAUUGACUACUGACUUUGUCGAAGAAUUUCGGCAAACCGCUCAAAUGGUUUCAAUUAUUGGUCAUGCGCACAUGUUUCCCAUUGUAGAGCAUUUCGGUUAUGCCGACCACCUAAUGAACUCUUGGAAACUUGAUCCAAAUACUCUCAAAUUUAUACUUAAGGGUAACUUACCGUAUGAACCGGAAUUGGUUGAAGAGCAAUCGCAGUUAUUGCGUUACGUUCUGGAGCAAACUUAUUCAAAGGAGAUGGUUUCCAUUAUGUUAAAUUUACAAAAACAACAAAAACAACGUUGUAAUACUCUAGAAGAAGAAUUGGUGAAUUUAAUAAUUAAUGCCAUGGAAAUGACUGAAACAACAGAUAACGCUGGCAGCGGUUUUAAUGCACCCGAUGAGCAGAUAUCGCAAAAUGAAUGGGUUUGGUUACAUUUAUCGUCACAAUUGAUUUACUUCGUGUUGUUUCAGUUCGUUAGUUUUAUGCACAUCGUCUUGGCUUUGUAUGAUAAGCUCUCUAAGCUAGAACUGCGCAAAGGAAGAGAUCAAUUAAUGUGGAUUUUAUUGCAAUUUAUAUCGGGUAGCAUACAAAAAAAUCCUAUUUCUAAUUUUUUACCAAUGUUUAAAUUAUUCGAUUUAUUGUACCCUGAGCAAGAGCCUUUAAAACUUCCUGAUUGUAAUAAAUCCUCUUCGCUAAGACAGAUGGCUCCUAUUUGUAUAUGGAUACAUUUAAUGAAGAAAGCCAGAGCGGAGAAUAUGAACAUAUCACGUCCUUUGCCCACUGCUUUAAAGAAUCACCACGACUUCCUUCAACAUCUCGUAAUGUCUAACACUAUAAUGUCUAUGAGCUUGGGAAACGAUUUCCGAAUUAUUUUGAUUUGCAACGCCUAUUCUACAAAUCAGGAAUAUUUUUCCCGGCCGUUGAAUGUAUUGGUAGAAGCACUCAGCGGCAAUGUUAAAAGCAACACUGGCAGUCCCAUAGGUCCUGUACCCUUUUCCAUGGUAGUUUUGGACAGUCUUACGGUGCACAGCAAGAUGUCUUUGAUACACAAUUUUGUAGGACAAAUGAUAAAACAAGCUCAGAACAAAACUUCUGUACCAACGCCAGCUUUAGUAGAAACAUACGCUCGUCUGCUGGUAUAUACAGAAAUCGAGUCACUGGGCAUUAAAGGAUUUUUAAAUCAAUUACUUCUGCAAGUUUUUAAGCAUCAAGCUUGGGGAAUUUUGCAUACUCUUCUUGAAAUGUUCUCCUACAGAUUGCAUCACAUACCACCACACUACCGUGUUCAACUGUUAUCACAUUUACAUUCUUUGGCUUCUAUGCCACAAACUAACAAAAUGCAAUUAAAUCUAUGCUUUGAAUCAACCGCCUUACGUUUGAUAAACGGCCUCGGGUCUGCUGAGAUACAACCUCAGUUUUCUCGACAUUUCAGUGAAAAGCCUGCCAGUUCAGUGGCAUCAUCGGAAUGCGAAGAAUUGAAUAGAGUUUUGAUUUUAACUUUAGCUCGUUCUAUGCAUAUUAUUUGUUCGGGUGAUGAAAUGCAACCAUGGUGUAAAGAAUUACUUAGCACCAUCAUGCAAAACACUCCACAUUCCUGGGCUUCACAUUCUUUGGCUUGUUUUCCCACUGUACUUAGUGAAUUCUUUAGUCAAAAUAAUCAUCCAAUAGAAAAUAAGCAAUUAUUGAAAAAAUCGGUGGAGGAAGAGUAUCGCAAUUGGACUUCCAUGACCAACGAGAAUGAUAUAAUUAAUCAUUUCAUCAAACCUAACACCAGUCCUUUAUUUCUGUGUUUGCUAUAUAAAAUGAUUUGGGAAACAGAAAACAUAAGCCCUGUAGCUUACAAAAUUCUAGAGGGUAUCAGUGCUCGUGCUUUAUCUGCUAACUUGCGCAAGCUUUGCGAUUAUCUAGUCAACGAAGUCGCUUCGUCGAAUGGCAAAGAAUUUAUACACAAAUGCGUAGAUUCCAUAAAUAACAUGAUUUGGAAAUAUAACGUUGUAACCAUAGACCGUGUCGUCCUGUGUCUGGCUCUGCGUACUCAAGAGGGUAAUGAGGCCCAAGUUUGUUUUCUUAUAAUACAGUUGCUUUUGUUGAAAGCUUCCGAAUUGCGUAACCGCGUCACCGAAUUCUGCAAAGAAAAUAAUCCUGAUCAUUGGAAACAAAAUAACUGGCAUGAAAAGCACUUAUCAUUUCACCAGAAAUACUCAGAAAAAUUUGCUCCUGAUGAAUCGGCCUCACAUCCACCUUUGCCAGUUUACUUUUCAAAUGUUUGUCUAAGGUUUUUGCCAGUGCUGGACGUGGUUAUACAUCGUUUCAUUGAAUUACCCAUACAGCAUGUUCAUCAGAUCUUGGAGGUGAUUCUCGACCAUUUAAGCAUAUUAUAUAAAUUUCACGAUCGUCCUAUAACAUACCUUUAUAAUACUUUACACUUCUAUGAGCGAAUAUUAAGAGAUCGUCCAUCGUUGAAGAAGAAAUUAGUUAGUGCUAUUACCGGUGCCUUUUGCGAUAUACGUCCCCCCAAUUGGUGUGUUAGCGACCAAUAUAAAAUGUUUCUGCAAAGUGCUGAUAUACUUUGGAAUCCCGAAUUAACUUACUAUAUAAAUAUAAUCAGACGUUUAGCUGAAAGUAUUUUUUAAUUUUUGCUGCUAAAUUCAUUAAAACGCCAAUCGUAAUUUUGUUUUAAUGAAUUUCCGAACGCUACUGCACACGCUAUGUAUGUUACUUGUGCUGAGCUGUUAAGUUUGCCUUUGGCUCCAAAUAUUGUGGCUAAUAACGUAAUAGAUGUUGUUCUAAAAGGUUAUGCUUUAAUACCCCCUCGAGAAAUCUACAAUUACAUAAAUGCCGUUGGCAUUGUGUUGGCUGAAUUACCAGAAACAUAUUGGUCAGUAGUAUAUGAACGUUUACAAGAAGUUUUAAAUCUACCGAAAAUGCUGAGGUGGACAUACCGAUUUAAUGCCUUUGAACUUCUCAAUUUCAAAACGGUGCGACAGGCGAUGAUCGAUAAAACUUAUGCAGCUACAUUAGCAGUGACUCAUUCAGUAUUUCAUCAUAUGGGUUGUUUUAAAUUAGCCACAAUAACUAAGUAUAUCAAAGAGAAACUGAAACCUUGCGUCCGUACGGAAUCUCAAUUAGUGUUUCUGUGUCAUGUUUUUGGUCCAUUUUUGCAACGUAUUGAACAAGAGAAACCUAAUGCUGUAGCCGGUAUAGCUAUUUUAUUAUAUGAAAUGUUAGAAGUUGUUGAUAAACAGCAUGGACCAACAGCUUUAGAAUACAUGGAUCCGAUAUGUGAUCUCUUAUACCACAUUAAGUACAUCUACGUGGGGAAUAUCAUAAAAAACGAAUCAGAAGCUAUUAUAAAACGUUUACGGCCUGUCUUGCAGAAACGUUUACGCUUUGUAACCCAUCUUAAUAUCGAGGACAAGCAUAACGAAAAACCAAAUGAAAUUCAACAUACUCCAACAACGAACGUGAAUAAUAUGACAAGUUGCAACCAAUUUCCUGUGACUCAAAGUUUUUCCAAUAUAAACGCACAACAACAGCAACAACAGACGCAGCUUCAGCAGCUGCAGCAUCAACAACAAUCGCAAGUUCAUGUACAAAAUCUUAGUCAAACAGUCCAGCAGCCUCAACCAUCACCAUUACAAAUGCCGGGCGGUUUAGUGGGGCAAACAGCUCAACAACAACAACAACAACAACAGCAGCAGCAGCAAUUAACCCAGCAACAACAGCAUCAGUUGCAACAAAUACAAUUGCAGCAACAGCAAAUACAACAAAUGCAACAACAACAAUACCAAUUGCAGCAGCAGCAAAUGCAACAACAUUUACAACAGCAGCAGCAUCUACAGCAGCAACAAACGCAAAAUGCUAACAUGGGUCCAAUGCGGCAUAACUAAAAUGGAGCAGAUCAGUGUAACGAUUUAAGCGGCCGUGUCUUAUGAAGAGGACAUCAAACAUAAAAUAUUUCGGCAUAACAAUUAUCAUAUUUCGUAAACAUGAUAAUUAUAUUAUAUUUUAGUAUACUCUGCCUAAUCAUAGUAAGCAAGCAAAUGGAAACGAGCAAGUUAUUUGUGCGCUGUUGGUCCCAUUAUAAUUUUCAAAUUUUUUCUGGAAUCAAUCCCUGGUUUGACGUAUAGAUGACGUCUUUAACAAAAACAUCCAUGUUAUUCAUA